AGUGAAUAUGCUUUAGACAUAGUGGCAUCCAUGUAACACAUUAUAAAAGUAAAAGCUGUAUCCCAGCAGGUGUGCCUGGGGAGAUGUAAUUCUUGGGAGAAGUGAGGAUGACACCCACUGGUGGUGGUAAUGAGGAGGAGAAUGAGUAGUACUUUGGGUCCUUUUGCAAGGGAUGGUGCAGAUCGGAUCGGAAGGUAGUACGAUGACCUAAUUUUGGCAGCUGGCCCAGCAGCGGGAGAAAAUGUUCUCUCGGCUCCACCCCAAACAAGGCACAGGCACGGGUCACUUUCCGCAAGCGCCCUCUCCUUCCAAGUUACUCUCGGGACGUGCUGCCUCGGGUAUCCUGAAUAACCGGUUGUUGCUGAAAUUGUUACUCUGGGGUUGGCUGACUUCUUGCUCAUGUACUUCUGUCCCAGCAUGCAGUGGAAUAGUGACAUCUGUAUCACAGCUGCUCAGCACUGGAGAAUAGAAUCUUCUUAUGAUAAAAAGGAAAAGUCAUGCUACAAUCAGAAUACUGAAAAGUGCUGUUUAUCUUUCAAUUUUCAGAUUGCUGAUCAGAGUAGAAUACACCAGUGAUUGCAAAUUUUCCAGACCAGAUGCUGGUGUAAAUAACUGCUGCUGCCUCCCAGACCAAGAUAACCUGCUCACUCAGCUGGAGCCCCCUGUGGACAGCUGUCUCUCUCAGCUGAUGGAAAACUGCUACUAACCACUGAAUGGAAGAGAGUGGAGCAACAACCACACUAGUAACUGCAGCAGUAGCAGUAAUAGCAGCAGCAACCGAGGUCUCUAUUGUUCCUUGGUGUUAAACAGUUUUUCCUUUUCAGCUGACAUGCACAAUAGCUGGGAAGAGGUUUCCAUUCUGCCCUCUCUAUGAAGAAAUUCUGAAGGGGAGAAAAUUACUCAAACAAGGGUUACCCUUUGUGCUGCAGAUUUUGACACUGAAGCAGCCUUCUGAAGGCAUGGGGGUGAGAGAGGGAGGCACAGCUUUAUCCGGUGGUCCAGGGGCUUCUGUUGUUUCAAUCCGGUGUAUUGGAGUUCUUGUGGUUCUUCUGUUUGGAAUUUGGGAAGCUAAAGCACAAAGUGAAUUUGAAACUUCUUCUGUAUAUUUGUGGAAGACUGGUCCAUGGGGAAGAUGUAUGGGAGAUGAAUGUGGUCCAGGUGGUAUCCAAACACGGGCAGUAUGGUGUGCUCAUGUGGAAGGAUGGACAACGCUGCCCACAAAUUGUAAACAGAUAGAGAGGCCUGAGAACCAACAGAACUGUUUCAGGGUUUGUGAUUGGCACAAAGAACUGUAUGAUUGGCAGUUGGGCAACUGGAAUCAGUGCCAGCCAGUUAUUUCAAGGAAUCUUGAAAAACCAGUGGAAUGCAUCAAAGGAGAAGAAGGAAUCCAGAUGAGAGACGUAACUUGUGUCCAAAAAUCAAAUGGGGUUUCUGCUGAGGAUGUCAUAUGUGAGUACUUUGAACCAAAGCCACGCCUGGAACAGGCAUGCCUCAUCCCUUGCCGCCAGGACUGUAUUGUGGCAGAGUUCUCUCCCUGGUCAGAAUGUUCCAAGACUUGUGGCAAUGGGCUUCAGCAUCGAACUCGUCACAUUGUUGCUCCAUCUCAAUUUGGUGGCUCUGCCUGCCCUAACCUGACUGAAUUUCAGAUCUGUCACUCUACCCCAUGUACUACUGAAGAAAGCAUGCAUAGCCUGAAUGUGGGACCCUGGAGUACAUGCUCAGUGCCCCACUCAAGACAUAUAAGGCAAGCAAGGAAACGAGGGAAGAACAAAGAAAAGGAGAAGGACCGAGAAAAAGGAGUACGGGAUCCUGAAGCUCAGGAGCUUAUUAAGAAAAAGAGGAAUCGGAAUAGACAGAACAGACAAGAGAACAAAUAUUGGGAUAUACAGAUUGGAUAUCAGACCCGGCAGGUUACAUGUACUCACAAAAAUGGAAAAACUGCUGCCUUGAGCUUUUGCCAACAAGACAAGUUGCCAAUUACCUUCCAGUCCUGUGUGAUCACUAAGGAGUGCCAGGUGUCGGAGUGGUCUGAGUGGAGCCCCUGUUCCAAAACAUGUUUUGAUAUGACAUCCCUGAAAGGAAAUCGUACAAGAACACGGACCAUUAAGCAGUUUCCUAUUGGCAGUGAAAGUGAAUGCCCAGAGCUAGAAGAAAUAGAGCAAUGUAGCUCUCAAGGAGAUGGUGUGGCACCAUGUGUUACGUAUGGCUGGAGAACCACAGAGUGGACAGAAUGUCGUGUUGACCCUUUACUUAGCCAACAGGACAAAAGACGAGGGAAUCAGACAGCUCUGUGUGGGGGUGGAAUUCAAACCCGUGAGGUGUACUGUGUGCAAGCUAAUGAAAAUCUCCUCUCCUAUUUAAAUACCCUCAAGGAAAAAGAAGAAAGUCAGUCACAGAGCACGUCGAAGUCUAGUGCUGCACCACUUCUAUCAAUCACUUUUGAAAUAACAGCCUCCAAGCCUGUGGAUCGGAAACUGUGCACAGGACCUGUACCUAGCACCACCCAAUUGUGCCAUAUCCCUUGUCCAAUAGAAUGUGAAGUCUCAGCUUGGUCAGCUUGGGGACCGUGCACCUAUGAAAGCUGUGAAGACCAGCAAGCCAAAAAGGGUUUUAAAUUAAGGAAGCGGUCCAUCACAAAUGAACCUACAGGAGGCACUGGAGGGACAGGAAAUUGCCCUCAUUUGCUUGAAGCUAUCCCGUGUGAGGAGCCCUCUUGCUAUGACUGGCGAAUAGUGAGACUAGAAGAGUGCAUACCAGACAAUGAGAAGCAGUGUGGGCCUGGCACUCAAGUUCCAGAGGUGGUCUGCAUCAACAGUGAUGGAGAAGAGGUUGACAGACAGCUGUGUAGAGAUGCUAUCUAUCCAAUUCCCAUUGUCUGUGAAGUUCCAUGCCCAAAGGAUUGUGUGCUCAGCAUGUGGUCUGGAUGGUCCUCCUGCUCUCACACCUGCUCAGGCAAAACCACAGAAGGAAAACAGAUGCGAGCCCGCUCUAUUCUGGCAUAUGCAGGUGAAGGAGGCAUUCAGUGCCCAAACAGUAGUGCACUUCAGGAAGCACGCAGCUGUAAUGAACACCCUUGCACUGUGUACCACUGGCAGACUGGGCCCUGGGGCCAGUGUAUAGAAGAUGUCUCUGUGUCCACUUUCAACUCAUCUACCAGUUGGAAUGGGGAGGCCACCUGUGCUGUUGGGAUGCAAACAAGAAAAGUCAUCUGUGUGAGGGUCAAUGUGGGACAAGUGGGACCAAAAAAAUGUCCUGAAAGCCUUCGACCAGAAACAGUGAGGUCUUGUUUGCUUCCUUGUAGGAAAGACUGUAUUGUGACUCCAUACAGUGACUGGACAUUGUGUUCUUCCCCAUGUCAAGAAGGGGACGUCACAGUAAAGCAACAGUCUCGCCAUCGAGUCAUCCUCCAGCUCCCUGCAAAUGGUGGCCGUGACUGCCCAGACACGUUAUAUGAGGAAAAGGAAUGUGAGGCUCCUCCUGUGUGCUAUACUUACAGGUGGAAGACCCACAAAUGGCGCAGAUGCCAGCUGGUACCAUGGUAUGUUCGCCAGGACAGCCCAGGUGCCCAUGAGACAUGUGGGCCUGGACUACAAGCAAGAGCAAUUACUUGUCGCAGACAAGAUGGAGGACCGGCUGACAUCAGUGAGUGCCUUAAAUAUGCAGGCCCUUUACCAACGUUAACACAGGCCUGCCAGAUUCCUUGCCAAGAUGACUGUCAGUUCACAAUCUGGUCAAAGUUUUCUUCCUGCAAUGGGGACUGUGGAGCAGUCAGGACGAGAAAGCGCUCUCUUGUUGGAAAAAGUAAGAAGAGGGACAAGUGCAAAAAUUCCCAGUUGUAUCCUUUGAUCGAGACUCAAUUUUGUCCUUGUGACAAGUACAACGCUCAGCCUGUGGGGAACUGGUCAGACUGCAUUUUACCAGAGGGCAAAGUGGAAGUAUUACUCGGAAUGAAAGUACAAGGAGAUAUCAAGGAAUGUGGGCAAGGCUAUCGUUACCAGGCCAUGGCAUGCUAUGAUCAAAAUAGUCGGCUUGUGGAAACCGCACGAUGCAACAGUCACGGUUACAUUGAGGAAGCCUGCAUUAUUCCAUGUCCUUCAGACUGCAAGCUCAGUGAAUGGUCCAACUGGUCUCGCUGUAGUAAAUCCUGUGGGAGUGGGGUAAAGGUUAGGUCUAAAUGGCUCCGUGAAAAACCCUACAAUGGUGGAAGACCCUGCCCCAAGCUGGAUCAUGUCAAUCAGGCUCAGGUAUAUGAGGUGGUCCCAUGCCACAGCGACUGCAGCCAGUACAUAUGGGUUACAGAACCCUGGAGUGUCUGCAAAGUGACCAAUGUUGACUUAAAGGAGAACUGUGGAGAAGGUGUGCAAACCAGGAAAGUGAGAUGCAUGCAAAACACAGUGGAUGGUCCUUCUGACACUGUUGAGGACUACCUGUGUGACCCUGAAGAGAUGCCUCUUGGUGCUAGAAGAUGCACAUUGCCAUGCCCUGAAGACUGCGUUAUGUCUGAAUGGGGCCAGUGGUCUAGAUGUUCCUUGCCCUGCAAUGGAAGUAAUGUACGUGAAAGGUCAGCGGAGCACCUAAGACAACCCGAUGAAGGAAAGGAUUGUCCUGCUUCCACUGAGACAGAACCUUGCAGUCUGAACAAAAACUGUUACCACUAUGAUUACAAUGUGACAGACUGGAGUACGUGUCAGCUCAGCGAGAAAGCAGUCUGUGGUAAUGGCAUCAAAACAAGAAUGCUAGAUUGUGUUCGCAGUGAUGGCAAAUCAGUUGACCUGAAGUAUUGUGAAGUGCUUGGCUUGGAGAAGACGUGGCAGAUGAAUACCUCCUGUGUGGUGGAAUGUCCUGUGAACUGUCAGCUUUCUGACUGGUCUCCAUGGUCUGAGUGUUCUCAAACAUGUGGCCUUACAGGAAAGAUGAUACGAAGAAGGACAGUAAAUCAGCCUUUCCAGGGUGAUGGGAGACCUUGUCCAUCUCAGAUAGAGCAAUUCAAACCCUGCCCGGUAAAACCUUGUUAUCGAUGGCAGUAUGGCCAUUGGGCUGAAUGCAAAGUUGAGGAUGCUCAAUGUGGAGAGGGGACAAGAGUCAGGAACAUUUCAUGUGUGGUCUAUGAUGGAUCCACUGAAGAUGUUGGCAAAAUAGUAGAUGAGGAAUUCUGUGGAGAAAUUGAGCCUGUUGUUGAUGGCAAUAAGAAGAUGGUACUUGAGGAAACCUGCACCCUUCCUUGUCCAGGUGAUUGUUACUUGAAAGAGUGGUCAGAAUGGAGCCUUUGUCAGCUGACCUGUGUUAAUGGAGAAGAUCUUGGCUUUGGAGGGAUACAAGUCCGAUCCCGGGCAGUGAUCAUUCAGGAAUUAGAGAACCAACACCUCUGUCCAGAACAGGCUUUGGAAACAAGAUCAUGUAAUGAUGGUCAGUGUCACGAAUACAAGUGGAUGGCUAGCCCAUGGAAGGGAUCUUCUCGGACAGUAUGGUGCCAAAGAUCAGAUGGAUUAAAUGUUACAGGGGGCUGUUUAGUGAUGCGCCAACCAGAUGCUGACAGGUCAUGUAACCCGCCGUGCAGUCAACCCCAUUCUUACUGUAGCGAGACUAGAACGUGUGGUUGUGAAGAAGGGUACACUGAAGUAAUGUCCUCUGAUGGCACACUCGAGGAGUGCACACUCAUCCCUGUGGUAGUGAUCCCCACUAUGGAGGACAAAAAAGGAGAUGUGAAAACCAGUCGAGCUGUGAACCCCACCCAGACAUCCAGUAACCAGUCAGGACGAGGAAGGACCUGGUUUCUGCAGCCUUUCGGGCCAGAUGGGAGGCUGAAGACCUGGGUUUAUGGCGUAGCUGCUGGUGCAUUUGUUUUACUCAUCUUUAUUGUUUCUAUGAUCUAUCUAGCCUGCAAAAAGCCAAAGAAACCCCAGAGAAGGCAGAACAAUCGGCUGAAACCUUUAACACUGGCUUAUGACGGAGAUGCAGAUAUGUAAAAUAUAACUUUCCAUUGCAACAACUGGAUUCUACAUUACUGUGUUGAAAUCAGAGGGUGUCCAAAGGCACAGGGGCAUGCUACAGAGUGGAUUUUAGGUGUUUUUGUUUGUUUUUUAAGAACUGCACCAUAAAGCAAAGAAGAAUGGCUUUCACAAUGCCCAUGGAUAUUCAAGGCAUUAUUGCUUUUCUCUAAACCAUGAGCACAGAGAGUUCUGGCAGAUUGGAAACAUUAAUGUGGUUUUUUGAAACUGUCAAAACCACCUCAGUCUCCAAACCACUGUGGCUGACUUAGUAUUCACGGUUGAGAGCCCUGAUGCCAGACUUACCUUCACCAUUAACCAAGUAUAAUCACUGAGCAUGAAGAGUUUGUACCAAGCUGUCUAUAACUCUUUAUAUUCAAGCAUAACAUAUAUACUCAGUUGAUGCAUAUGUAUUAUUCUGUCAAAUUAUAUACUUGUUAAAGAGCAUUUUAGUGCUUAAUAAGAUGUUAACUGAGAAGAUUGAACAAGUUCAGGAUCUUGGCAAUUGUGUAGCUUGUGUUAACCUGCAUUUCAGAGGGCAAAAAUUCUCUUGCAAGACUGUUCUAUUAUCACUCCAAAGUAUCUAGGAAGGAAACAUCCUCAGAUUCAGUAUUUUAUAGUGGUUACUGUCUGGAAAAAUGAAUACCUGGUGUAAAUGUUACAAUAUGUUUCUACUUUCUCUAACUCUCAAACUGUUGCCUGCAUCUUUUUUGCUACAUGUAAGGCAAAUUUUUGCACUAUAUUAGUGCAGCAUGAUAUGCACUUAACUAGUAUUGCCAUAGAAACUGCCUCUUUUUGAAAAGGAUGAUGAUGCAUCUUGUGCCAGGAGUGUCAAGUAGGCAUUAAAGUUCUUGAAUCCUGAAGAGAGUAGAGUUCAGCUUGGACUGUGACUGGAUGGACUCAGCUAAUACAUGUACUGUAUAGACUGUUUCUCAUCACAGCAGCCAUUUUGUAGUCUAUAUCAUGGCAGUAAUAUAGGUGUCUAGUUUCUUGCCCCAUCUACUUAUAGAAAUGUAGAUUCUCCAGUUGGUUUCUAAUUGUACUUUGAAGGCUGUUUAUGACUAGAUUUUUUAUAUUUAUUAACUUUGUUAAAAAAAAAGAAAAGAAAAGUGGUUGCCCUCUCAUCUUGCGUGAAAUAUUCUGAUUAUUUGUUCAGCUAAAAAGAAGAAAAUGUGUUGCUUAUUUUUCCUCUCACUAGCAAAAUAAUUGCCAUUGUAGCUGUCAGUGCAAAACUUUCCAUUUAGUUAGGAUAACUGGAUGUAAUCUUUAUCUUUCAUUAUUCAGCUAAACUCUUAAAAGCACUGGUUAAUGAAGGAUAUCAAAAUAUUUGCCUCACUAAACAGUCAGAUAACUUUUUCUCAACUCUGGUAGUAUAACAGUUCAUUGCCACUCAUUUCUUUACCCUAGUACAUCCCUAGAGCUUUUCACUGUUAUGCUUCCAAAAUGAAGCAUAUUGUACUACCAUUGUAGCUGUCUACACCUGUCACAUACAACACUCAUGACCUGAGAGGGCUUACUCUACCAGAAUGGCUUCUAGGUGUAGCCUAAAAGAAAAAUAUAAAUGACUGUGCUAUUACCAAGCAAUAUAAUGUCAAGACUUUAUCACGCAACCUUUCAAAAAAAUGUUGUCUAAAGUUCAGUAUUAGUUUCUCAGGUCUUUUAAUAACCUCCACCAUUCCAGUGCACCAGUUUUUGUACAGCCGGUAAAACUACACACUUUACCAACUUUGGGCUGGCUCGCGUGUCCACCGAAAUCAAUGGGCAGCAUGAGUCCUUAUUCCAUGUCAAAUUAUCAUUGAAAUCAGUGCAUUUUGUUCAAAAAUCAAAAGUAGAAUAUGGUAAUACCAGUGUUUUGAUAACUAUGAUAUUGAUCAUCUUCUCCUAAUGCAUAGGUAAGAAGAGAACAGAUGAGUGUGUCAAUUAGCAAUAGGCAUUUGUGCAGGUUCAAUUUCACACCUUACACCCCAAUCCUGCAACUUGUUGGUGGACUGCCAGACUUGCCCAACACUCCACAGAACUCAGUAUGGCUCCUUGCUGCAGCAGUAGUUCACUUACAUACACCAAGUUGCAAGAUUGAGGCUUUAAUCUUACAUCAUUUCAUACAGACUUUAGGGCAAAAAAAAAUUAUGUACAAAGUUAAGUUCUUUGAAGUGUUUGAGUGAGAAACAAUAAAAAGUUAGUUCUUACUUUAUCAGACAGACAAAAAAAAUGGACAGUGGGAAAGUUAUCAAAUUGCAAAUAAACUUUAAAAAUAUGAUGAUGAAACUUGGUCAUGGAUUAAUUAAUUACCUUUGGAAGCCCAUUUCUGGGUGUUGAAUUGUUUCAGGCUAACAUCUCUGUCAGAGAGGAGGGUUCUUUAAACUGGCAACAAGUUACGACUAUUAAUUACACUGGCUAGUCUUUUAGCAGGAGCACCACUGUAGUGCUCACCAUGAAGCCUGUGUGACCUGAACACCCAAAAUUUCCCCAUUAAAGGUUUGCUAUCAUCCAUUGCUCCCAUUACUAUUGCUAAAACACAGACAAAGAAUGGGUGUUUGGCUUUUACAAUCCAUACAAGUAUUUUAUGAGAUAAGAAAAUCAAGAGCUGGUACAGAUCAGCAAUUGUAUUAAAUUCUGUGUUUCAUAAAACUGGAGCCAGACUAGCCUAUUCUUUCUUUAUGAAGAAAAGCAUUAUUUUAAAAAGAUUUUUAGGCCAUGAGGAGAGUUGUAAGUCUUUAAAUCUAAAAGUUACAAAAGGAGGUCAAGUCCUAUAACUAUGAAACAGUAAAAUAAAUAAAGCAAGUUUCGUAUAGAAUGAAGAGUGAUUUGCUUUAAAAACCAGAGUGCUUCUACAAAUCCAGUGCCUAAAGCAGCCACUACUGUAGUUUGUUAGUUUGUGAAAGUAAUGUUUCCAGUGAUCAAGUGUCUCUAAACCAUUCAGAAAAUAGCUGAGUAGAUAUUUUCUUGUUGGUGUGGUGGUUUGUAAUUUCCUUUAAAAUCUGUAGUUUCUAGAUUACUGUGUCUGCUUUGAGUCCUGGAGCAGUUUCUUUUUAAAGCUUUGCUGAUACUGCACAAGCUUCUGUAUGUUUGCUACAAUGCACCCAUUUUAAAAUUCCCUUUCUGCCACCAAAGUGUAAUAAAGUCCAUUUUCCAAUGUAACAAUCUGAAAAGACCCACUUAAAUACUUUGUAUAAAUCACUGUAAAAUAUACCUUGGAUGAAACUGAAAUCUGUCUUUUACCUUUAUGUAAAUCGUGCUCACCCAAAGUUAAGAGUUUAUUUUGCCUAAUUUAAUUUACUUGAAUAUUUAUUUUGUAGAAUAAGGAGGCAGCUGUCUGAGGAAUGUUUACUUUUUUUUUGGUUAAUGUUAAUUUGUAAAUUGUGUAAUGCAUUUUUAUUUUUUAAAUUAUGUAUAUUCUUUUUUAAUGCACAAAAUGUUUACGUACAACUACUGCAAAUUUGUGUAUAUUGUCACUAAGCUUUAUUCAGUUAAUAUAGAUGGCAUGUGAAAAUGUAA